AUGGUUCGUCAUGGUGGACUUCUACAUUUGAAUCAGAAACAGUUCGCUGAAGACUUUGGACCGAUUGAGAAAGACUGCGACUGCCAUACUUGCCGAACUUACACCAGAGCUUAUAUACACAUGGUUAUGAAUAAGGUAAUAUGUUUCUCCUUUUGUCCCCCGCAUUUUCAAUUCCCAUUGGAGUACAAUUCGUAUCUAUUAAGUUAUCCAGAAAAUUUUACGCGUUUUUGACG